GUCUCUCACAUACGCUCUCUCCUCCCUCGCCACUUUCUCCAGCCAAGAAGCCAGCUUUGCCUCCCCAGCUUUACUCUACAAGCAUGUCCUCAGACGUGCAGCCGUGUGAUGAAGCGAACCAACUAACUUCCAGAGAGCACCGGAUGAAGGAAACCCGCUGCACGAGUAGCAGAAAAGCCUGAGAGCAGGGUCAUCCCAAGCUGACCCCAUCCGGAGACUUCUUCCUGGGGUGAACACAAUGGAGACUGUUUGACAGUGGAAGUGGAGGUUUACUGUACAGUAGCUCAGCUGGAGUUCCUCACCCCUUCAUGACAUGCAGUGAGCCGAUGCCACCAGCAGGGAGCAGCCGAGAAGAUGUUUUGUCUGAACACAGUCAACUCCAGCCCCCAGUGUCUGAGCUGAUACGUCGGAAUGAACAAGCUGCUGCAGACAUAUUCACCCAUGGAGAAAAACACCAAAACGCAUCUCUACGGUGCAAAGGCGAUUCAACGCCUGAACUCCAACUGAAUAGAAGAACAUCCCCAAGACCAGAUGCAAUGGAGAUGUUCAAUUUCACCAACUUCACCUACUGGAAUGCCUCAGAAGGCACUGAUGCAGGGCCUGUCAUUGAACCCGAAAGCCCAUACAAGACUGUGGAGGUGGUGUUCAUCGUAUUGGUGGCUGGGUCCCUCAGCCUGGUCACCGUUAUUGGAAAUAUCCUGGUCAUGCUUUCCAUUAAGGUCAAUAGGAACCUACAGACGGUCAACAACUACUUUUUAUUCAGCCUUGCAUGUGCUGACCUAAUCAUCGGGCUGUGUUCCAUGAACCUGUACACAGUAUACAUAGUGAUUGGCUACUGGCCCUUAGGGCCUGUGGUGUGUGAUCUGUGGCUAGCCUUGGACUAUGUAGUGAGUAACGCAUCUGUCAUGAACCUACUCAUCAUCAGUUUUGACAGAUACUUCUGUGUCACAAAGCCCCUCAGCUACCCUGUCAAAAGGACCACCAAGAUGGCAGGGAUGAUGAUUGCUGCUGCCUGGGUCCUGUCCUUCAUUCUGUGGGCCCCGGCCAUCCUAUUCUGGCAGUUCAUCGUGGGCGGGCGGACAGUGCCUGAGAAGGAGUGUUACAUUCAGUUCUUCUCUAAUGCAGCAGUCACCUUCGGCACGGCCAUCGCAGCAUUCUACCUGCCCGUUAUCAUCAUGGUCAUUCUCUACAUACAGAUCUCUAUAGCCAGUAAAAGCCGGGUGAAGAAAGAGACCAGGAAGCCGUCAGGGCCCAACCCAGAGGCCCUGUCCCACGAGCAGGCAAGGGGCAGUAAUACUGCCAAGCCCAUCAACAACAACCUGACAGCAGAGGACACAGAGCAGGGCACGACCCAAGCCAAAGAUGACGUGGCCAACCAGCACGAAGGUAAACUGCAGAACGGCAAGGGCCCGUCCACCACGGGUGGAGAGGGGGAGAUGGAGGGUGAGGACGGGGGUAGGGAGAACUGUGUCCACGGAGAGGAGAAAGAGAGCUCGAAUGACUCGACAUCUGGCAGUGCAGCUGCGUCCAACCACAAAGAAGAAGAAGCGGUGCCAUCCAGAGCAAACUGCAACGCCGAGCUCGUUCAGCAGCCAACCCGCCACCGGGCCAAGGCAGGCGGCUCCAAACUCACCUGCAUCAAGAUUAAGACCAGUUCUCUCAAGGGGGACUGCUACACGCCCUCCAACGCCACGGUGGAGAUCGUCCACGCCACAGAGAAGCAGAACCACGUGGCGCGGAAAAUCGUGAAGAUGACCAAGCAGCCACCCAAGAAGAAGAAAGCACCACCGUCUCGGGAGAAGAAGGUGACCCGUACCAUCAUGGCCAUCCUGGUGGCCUUUGUGGCCACCUGGACCCCUUACAAUGUCAUGGUGCUCAUCAACACCUUCUGCUCCAGCUGCAUCCCCAGCACGGUCUGGACUAUCGGCUACUGGCUGUGCUACAUCAACAGCACCAUCAACCCCGCCUGCUAUGCCCUCUGCAAUGUCACUUUCAAAAAGACAUUCAAACAUCUCCUCCUCUGCCAAUACAAAAACAUUAGGUCAGCUAGAUGAAUAUGGAUGCGAGUGUGCGUGUGUGCGUGCGUGCGUGUGUGUGUGUGAGAGAGAGCGAGAGAGCGAGAGAGAGAAAGAGAGAGAGAGAGAGAGAGAGAGAGAGAGAG